AUGGGGCUAAAUUGUAAUUUAGGCGAAGUUAAAACCAAGACAAACUCGGUAGCCAGCGGUUUCAUCGAUACCCCUAUGGCGCAUGCGCCUGCUUGCCUCGUGCUUCUCUUAGCAUUUAUGCAAGCUUUACGCGGCUGAUAUAAAGUUAUCAUCGUUUGUUUCAAAUAACUAUUUACGCUAUCAACCAGAAAAGAAAUGUCUCAAGCCGUUCAACUGUCCACCGAGGUGAUUCAGGCAAUUCAAGCCGCCGUGCAGACAGCAAUGGCGACGCAGAAUGUACAACCCUCAUCUUCGACUGCUGUUAGUACCGAGAACACCACCCCGCCUUCGACCACUAAUGCACCAUUAGCAGCUACAACAACAGCGGCUGCUUCUACAGCACCUCCAGGUUUUCUUUCGCGAGGCUCCUUGGGCACACCGCAGACCAACGCUUGUAUCGGGCCCACUCCUCCAGCAACUGCUAUCAGCUCUCUAACAGCUCGUUGCCACGAACUACUUGUCCAUGGCUUAGCGCCCUCAACUCGGCGUUCCUAUUCUACCGGCCAAAGAAGGUUCAUCAACUUCUGCGCCCAAAUUGGAAAACUCCACGACAAUGGCUCUGCUUGCCCGGCCGACGAGUGGACAUUAUGCCUGUUUGCAGCUUUCCUAUCUAGCCAAGUCCAACAUGCAACCAUUAAGGUCUAUUUGUCAGCCGUUCGUGCGCUCCACAUUGAGCUGGGUUUCGCGGACCCACUUUCAGACGCCUUAAGGCUCGAACGAGUCAUCCGCGGCAUCAAGAGAUCGCAGGGUAGCACAAAAGCCGACCGUCUGCCAGUCACUGACGACAUCAUGAGGUUGAUUCAUACUCAUCUUGACUUCCGCAUCGUCGAUCACUUAAUGUUUUGGGCCGCAUGCUGUCUGGCUUACUUUGGCUUCCUACGCUCGGCUGAGUUUACUGUGCCAAGCCUUGAGGCCUAUUCGCCCGUGUAUAACCUUAAUGUUUCCGACAUCUCGGUCGACGCGCUGGACCAACCCACCUGUAUUAGGGUAAAUAUCAAAGCUUCCAAGACUGACCCCUUUCGCAAAGGGUGUUUAAUUUACAUUGGCAAGGCCCGGCCUCCUCUGUGUGCAGUGGAAGCCCUACU